AUGGAAUGGAAAACUGAAAAACCAAAUCUAGAAUCAGCUCAAAUUUUAGGUUGGUGUGUUGAGUUACUAUAUACAGGCAUAUCGAUGUAUUACGAUUUAAUAGAAGGAAAUACAUGGAGACAGGGGAAACAAUGUUGGUAUUCAAUGGAUAAUGUUGGCAUUAUUGGUCUUAACGAUGCUAUAAUUUUGGAAAAUUCAAUUUAUUUCCUAAUAAAUAAAUAUUUCAAAAACUCAUCGCACUAUAUACCAUUAAUGGAUAUUUUUCAUGAGGCGGCCCUUAAAACUGGAUGUCUGCAAAAUGCAGUUCUUCUAUCAUCUAAAGAAUCUGUUAUGAAAUUUGAUAUUAACAUGUAUCGGACGAUUACAAAUGCCAAGACAACAAAUUAUUUAUAUGAAUUGCCUUUAAAAGUGGCAAUGCAAUUAGCUGGUAUAAAUUCAAAUGCAUUCCUGCAAUGCAGCACAAUUUUAAACGAAAUGGGUCACAUAUAUCAAGUAAAAGAAGAUUUCUUGAAUCUAUAUAGACGCAAUGGAAAUGAUAUUGAAGAAAAUAAAUGUACCUGGUUUGUAAUUGAAUGUUUACAGCGUGCAAAUAAGGAACAAAAAGAAAUAAUGCGAAAUUGCUAUGGAAAAAAAGAUCCCAACAAGAUACAAAACAUUAAAGAUUUAUAUUCGGACUUGGGACUUGAUGUUGCCUUUGGAAUAUAUGUGGAAAGACAAUGUCAAAUUAUUAGAGACCACAUAGAAAAACUAACAGGUUUCCCAAAAGAUAUUUUUCGAAAUAACUUAAAUGAAAUUUUACUUAGGAUACGUUAG